GAAGCGAUUCAGAGCUCAUAACACAGGCCUUAUCUAUGGAACCGCCGCAACAGUUCAGACAAUUCAAUUUCGAGAGAAAUAAAGAGACAACAAUCAAUCCCUACGCACAGCACCACAUGUCUCAAAGGGACUCGGAUUUUGUGGCCAGAAUUUUACACCUAUAUCAUAAUAAUAUUAGACAAUUUACU